CAAGAAGACAAAAUAAAAUUCUGAGCGUUCUCUGUAAUUGUAGUGCAUAAUUAUUUGUUCUCGCAUUAAAUUUAAUUGAGAAUUAUAAGCAUGAACGCGAAGCUCGCUGACAAUAUCCGAUGCUCAUCAUCUGGAAGCAAACAAAUAACUGUAAGGAGCCACAAACUUGUCAGAUUAAACACCACGACCCGCCAAAAUCCAGAAAAUAAUUCUUCACUCAGUAAUGAGUCGGACUCGAGAGUUCUAGAGAAAGAACUUGGCAAGUCUCGCAGUAGAUUGUCCCAAGUCAAAGACAGAGUGAAGAAGAAUGGACUAAUGAGUGAAUGGUAUGACAAGGAGAAGGCCAUCUUGGAAGACCAGCUGCAGAUGGAGAGACUGACAACAAAACGCUUGCGAGAGGAUGUGAAAACAAUGAUCCAGGGUCUCCAAGCAGCUAACAGAUCUCGAAUAGCUGUAGAGUCAGAGCUGUCUCUAGUGAAAACCACAUUUAACAAGAAAAUCCAUGAAUUGAAGGUUGAACAUAUCUUGGUGACAACUGAGGCCGUGAACACCACUGGCCAGAACUCGUCAGCACCAUCACAGCUCCAAGAUGUAAGCACGGUGAUGAAAAAAAAAUUACAAGCAGCAGAGCAGAGGAUCAUGGAGUUAAAAGAUCAGCUGAAGGAUCAAUCGAGAUUAAAGAGGGACUUCGAUAGUCAACGAAGGGAAUUCGAACGAGCCAAGGUCACGAUUCAGAAGUUACAGCCUGCAACAACAUUGUCUAAACCAUGGAACGAUUUUAUCGCAAUGAGAGACCAUGUCGAGAAAUUGGAGGAGGAACUUCGAGUGGCAAAAAGCCUUAUUUCAUCUCAUCUAGAUGCUGAGGAAGAGAAAUGUCUUCUCAAGGAGAAAAUCUACUAUCUGCAGAAGAGAUUGGAGCAGCAGGAAUAUCCGUCAAUGGAGGAGAAUGGUGAGGGGAGGGCUGAAGGGGUUAUUGGAGUGAUAGAUAGUGAGGGAAUAGAACCAUUCCAGGAGGCUGGACAAAAUCCAGGCACGAUGACAGCCACGACAAUUGAAUCUGGCUUGAUGAUGGGUGGAGAGAUGAGUGAUCAGGCAAAUGAUUACGAGUCUCAUGAUGAGAGUAAUUCGUCAAAAGCUUCAGUUGAAGAUGAUAGUCCCCCGCGACAAACCUCCACGGACAUGCCCUUGGCAGUGGUGAAAUUAACCCGAGUGCAGCCACGAAGAAUUUGUAAAAAAGCCACAGAGCCGUUCAACGUUCGUUUUGUUCGUCCUACGAACUCAAUGUUCUUUAAACUUGAUUGGGAUAAAGAGUACGAACAGAUUGGAGGGAAGGAAUGGAAGUGUAAUAAAUGUCCAAAAAUUUCGAGGGCCAAACCACGAAUGAGGGAUCACGUUUGGGUUGCCCAUUAUGGCGAGACAUUCCAAUGCAUUCAUUGCUCUGAUCGUCUCUCAACAAGAUACGGUAGUGCACACAAUAAAAAAGCUCAUCCACAGCUGGUUGGCAUGAAAACCGUUAAAAAUGCUUAAUUCAUUGAAGGAUAGUUUUUUUUGGGACUUCGUGAUUACCGAAGGUCGCGAAGUUCUUUAACUAGCGUUGAUAUUUUUUAUAUUUUUCUGUAUAAAAGGGAAGAUUUUUCAUCAGCAACUGUUUUUGAUCCAGGGUAGGAACGAAAAUUUCCUCUUUCUUGGCGAUUUCAAUUGUUUAAUUGAUACUUACUUUAGUUUUUUUAUGACUUUUCAAUUAUUGCCAUUAUU